AUAGUAUUUAUUAUCAUCAACAUUUGGACUUAACUGAAUUGCUUAAAGUCUCAUGUAGUUGAAAACAUACCAUCAAAGGACAGACAUACUGCGGAUUCAGUUGAAAUGUGGUGUAUAUGCCGGGUUCCGUAAGCAAACUCAAAUUUGUGCAAAAUGGCAAAAAGCUUACGGAGCAAGUGGAAGAGGAAGAUGCGAGCUGAGAAGAGGAAGAAGAAUGCCCCCAAGGAGCUGGCUCGUCUCAAAACUGCCCUGGCUUUAGAUGGCAAGGGGGACAUUUCCAUGGAAGAUGUGAAGGAAAUAGCAACUGUAGUGCCAGCUGCGAAGCUGAAGGAGAAAGCGACAGAUGCAGCAAUGGAAGGAGAAGACGGGGGCGCUUCUCAGAUGGACACAGACAGCAAGCGAAGCAAAAAAACUCAGCUGGACGAGCACGGGCAGUACCCCGUGUGGAUGAACCCGAGACAGAGAAAGAGGCUGAAACAGAAACGCGGGAACCAUGGCAAAGCAAAGAACCAAAAGAAAUUGGCUUGGUAGAUUGAUAUAUUGAAUGUGAAAAAAUCUGUGAGCUGUAUAUUGUGUUAUAUAUGCUCGGAGCGUUGGUGGUGAUGAUCGAGUCUUUUUAAAAUGGAAGGAGCAUAGAAAAAUAAUUCACUUUUCUUUAAACAGCUCAAUUGAAUAUUUGAUUUCUGUAAAGAUAAUUGUGGAUGUUGUUUAUACAUCACAACACUUUGUACAUGUUCCAAGAGGUUACCUUUCUAGGAUUAUGGGACUGUCAAGGAAAAAAAUAUUACAUUUUCUUUUUUUUAUAAAGGAAGUAUGUUAUAUUUUUAGUUAAAUGACUGUCAAGUUUUUGUAAAUAAAGUUAAACCUGUUUUCAAUGGGAUGCAUUAGUGAUGGCAAUAAGACUCCCAUUGCAUAUCAGUUUGAUCCAUUCAUGGCUUUACAAUUGAGUAUAAUAAGACAUAUCUGAACUUGUAUAAGCUAUACACUGUGGCUAAUCAAGCUCGUAGUAAAACCUGGAAUGGGUGCAACUGCUAUGCAAUAGGAGUCUUAUUUCCAUCCCUGCAUUAGUGAGAUAUCCUGUCUUGUUAAUAGACAGCUUUAUGCCCAAAGCGAUUUUUAAUCAGGAUCUAGACAUUUUUUUCUGUUUUACGUUAUCUGGAAUGUUAAUUAUUAAUUUGACAAAUGAUUUGAAGUUGCUUGUUUGGUCGUGGAGAAUGAAUGGUGUAGACAAGGUUAAAAUCCAGUCUAUGCUAAACGAAGGGUCUAAUGCACCUUGUAACUCUCCAUAGACGUUUGUUAAAAUCCCCAUGUGGUAAUAGUGACUUGUAAACUUCAGUAUAUUUUGAAAUAAAUGUAUUGCUCAAUGUAUGAUUAUAUUGUA